CCCAAGUGCCUACCUCCUGCUCACCAUCUACUCCAUGGUCAACAUGAACAGUGUCUCAUGGGGAACCAGAGAAACAAAACUGACUGCAGAGGCCGAAACAACUGCAGCCAACAUCCAGCAAACUAAAACCCAAAAAGCAAAAACUACCUUCAAACAACUCUGCUCCUGGAAGAAAUUUAAAAAAUCCAACCAGCAAGAAGAAGACAAUCAGCACRGCGUGAGACAGGAGAUCUCAGAGUCUAUACAGCUUGAACCUCAACCCCAGAACAGUAUUGUGGAUGAUUACCCCCAAAACGAAGAUUUUCCUUUUAGGGAAGAGGAAACCAUUUUUGACUCUCCAGUUCAAUGUUGGAAAGCAGAAGUGGAGAGUUUGUCCAGUGACAUUCAGCUGCAGGUGGAUUCUCUCGAUGAGGAUGAGGACCAGUUUUGGAAGGAACUUAUUGUAAAGUACCUGGAACCUCUGCARAAUGACAAAGAAAAGCAAGAAAAGACUAAAAAUGAGCUGCAAGAUCUUAGAAACAAAAUCAAUUUUUCAUUCUUCUUCUUGAAUGCCCUGUGGCUGGUGGCAGCCUUCGUCUUUCAAGUCUUCAAAGUCUUUGAAAUUCAGAUUGACAUYGUUGACUUGAACCUCAACGAAACUGGUGGAAAAGUCCAAAUUGAGCCAAUGAGCCUCAUGUUCAUCCUGGGCUUUGCUAUUUCAGUUUUGCUUCAGUUUAUUGGGAUGUUGUGCCACAGAGUCUUCACCAUCAUUCAUUAUGUGGCAUUUUUAGAAACGGAGCCAAAACAACAGAAAUCCGCUGCAAUAAAUCAGAAUGACUCCAUGUCCAACGCAGAUUCAAGCUCAGGCUGUUCUUCCUUUGUAGACCUGAGCAACAUCAUAAAGGAUGAAACUGAGUUUGAGUUAAGUGACGGGAGGGACAGCGGUAACAAYUCUCCAGAGUUGGACUUUGAGGACGGAACUGAAGAGGUUUAAGUUUUAAACAAGAUUGUUUUUUUAACACUUUUGGCACUUUGAUGUAUUUCAUGUUUGAUCAUUUGAAAUGAUGCUGCAAAGUGUGACCAUCAAGUUGACCUCCAUAUAAAGUAUUKUAUUUAAUGUUGUGAUUUCUUAACUAUUUAUGACAGUGUUUUUUUGUUUUUUAUGUUGUUCCAAAUGUUACUGUGUAAUGUGCAGACUGAGCCUGGAAGUCAGUGGUUAUUUAUUUUUAAUCAGCUCAAUCAAUUAAUUAAAUAUCAAUAACAUUGUUAUUAAUGUUUAUUUUAUUCCUUUUAUCUGCCAUUUUCAUUAAUUUAAUUUCAGUUUAUUGCAAUUUAUAGAAGGUAAAAACUGAAGGCUGAAUUGAUUUUGAAUGUAAAUUAAUUGAGGUUUUGCUACUGUUGUUAGUUUAUCAAGAAUGUUUUUCCUAUGAAUUCUACUGGGAUUACUACUUGGAUACAUACAGGUAUUACCUGGAAAAUUGUUUUGUUAAAGUGCAAAUACUAAAUUAUUUUAGUUGUUUUUACAUUGCUUUGUGUGACCAGG